CUGAACUCUUUCGUGUUGAAGUCGAUACUCUUUUCUUUUUUUUUAAAUAAGGGGUGUGGAUGUCAAAAAGGAACAACACAGGAGAAAAAGACUUCGUUAAGCAGCUUCGACGAAGAACACCAUGGGCUUCCAACGGGCCGACUCCCGCGGAGUGCUUGUGCGAGGCGCGCCUGGAACUCUCCCCGGGGAAAAUAACCGGCGGCCCCCGUCGCUGCUCUUUCAAAAAUGGGGCGGCGCUGAGAGAGGAGCGAAGCCAACGGGCGGGGUUUGUUCCUGCGCUGGAUGAGGUAGUAGCGCCCCCCCUUUAUUCUCCUGGGGGGUGCCUGUUUGCUCCGCGUCGCCUCAGCAGGAGGGACUAUUUUUUUUUCUUUUGCUGCUCCUCAGCUUCCCCCUCUUGCUGAUUUCUCUUUUGCUUUGGUGCUGGUGCAGCAGCGGCUCUCCAGACCAGCUUGCUACGAGGUCGCUGCAAAGAGAGAAAGGGCUUUGCAUUGCUUCUCUUUGUGUGCAACGACGGAACUUCCAUGCAGGGCCCCCGGAAAGAGCCGGAGAGCUGCAGGGGAAAUGAACACUAGUAGCCCAGGAAUCCUCAUAAACAACUCUGCAGUGAUAACCAAUUGUGCUCAAAGAGAGAUGGAGGAAAAAAUAACUUGGUCUCAGCAGCCUCAACAGACCAACUUUUCACUGUUUCCUUCUACUAAAGGCUGGAAAUUCAGAGGGAAAAAACGCAAGCAAAAUGCCCAGGAUGAAGAUUCAAUCAGUGUCUGCAGCUUUGACUCAAGUGAACCCUGCAAUAAACGAGUCAGACCUCUUUCUAGAGUUACUUCACUAGCAAGCUUAAUUCCUCCAGUCCGAGCAACUCCUUUGAAGCGAUUUGGCCAGACACUGCAGCGAUCUAUCAGUUUCCGCACUGACAGUCGGCCUGAUCUGCUUGCCUCGCGACCCUGGUCUAGAAAUGGUCCUCCUCCUAGCACCAAACGAAGAGACAGUAAACUCUGGAGUGAGACCUUUGAUGUUUGUGUCAAUCAGAUGCUCACAUCCAAAGAAAUCAAGCGCCAAGAGGCAAUCUUUGAACUUUCCCAAGGAGAAGAGGACUUGAUAGAAGACUUGAAACUAGCAAAAAAGGCUUACCAUGACCCCAUGCUUAAACUCUCCAUAAUGACAGAGCAAGAAUUAAAUCAGAUUUUUGGAACCCUGGACUCUUUAAUUCCUCUGCAUGAAGAUCUUCUCAGGCGGCUGAAAGAAGUUAGAAAGCCAGAUGGAUCUACUGACUGUGUUGGUCAUAUCCUUGUGGGCUGGGUAUGGAUGUUCGCAAUUAUUAUUAUUUUUUCAUUCCUGCUCUUUGUCUUUAAGUUGCCUUGCUUGAAUUCCUACGAUAGCUAUUGCAGCAACCAAGUAGCAGCCAAAGCUCUGCUAGAUAAUAAAAAGCAGGAUCAUCGGGUACAAGACUUUCUCCAGCGUUGCCUAGAAUCCCCUUUCAGCCGCAAACUGGACUUAUGGAAUUUCCUUGACAUCCCAAGGAGCCGUCUGGUGAAGUAUCCAUUGCUUCUCAGAGAGAUUUUGAGACAUACACCAAACGAUCACCUGGACCAGCAGCAUCUGGAGGAAGCUAUUAAUAUUGUCCAAGGCAUAGUUUCUGAAAUCAACAAAAAGACAGGUGAAUCAGAAUGUCAGUAUUACAAAGAAAGACUAAUAUAUCUUGAUGAAGCCCAAAAGGAUGCCUUGAUAGAUAAUUCACGUGUUGUGUGUUGUCAUGGUGAACUAAAGAACAAUAGGGGAGCGAAACUACAUGUCUUUCUCUUUGAAGAAGUCCUGGUAAUCACUCGAACAGUUAUACAUAACGAGCAACUUUGCUACCAACUGUAUCGGCAGCCUAUCCCUGUGAAGGACCUUGUGUUGGAAGACCUGCAAGAUGGAGAAGUACGGUUGGGUGGAUCAAUACGUGGGGCGUUUAGCAAUAAUGAAAGAAUUAAAAAUUUCUUUAGAAUCAGCUUCAAAAAUGGAUCUCAGAACCAGUCCCACUCUUUACAAGCAAAUGACACCUUCAACAAACAACAGUGGCUCAACUGCAUUCGUCAGGCCAAAGAAUCAGUCUUGUGUGCAUCAGGUGAAGGUAGAAUACUUGAUUUUGAAGGACAAUUUCUAGCCUCAUCAAACAGAAGCAGAGAAUCCCUGCAAGAAUCAAAGCUUGAGCAAAUGGACCAAUUGGACAGUGGGUCUGACUGCAGUAUGGACACUAGUGAAAUCAGCAUUAACUGUGACCACAUGGAGCAAACAGACUCUUGGGAGAAUGACAAAGACUUAGAGAGCAAUGUCUGAUAAACUAUAUGCACGUCAUCUGAGUCUUACCUGUACAGUAUUUGCAUUCCACAAGUGGAACAAAAAAGCACUUUUAAUAUUUUUGUGACAAUGUCAGCUCAGUCUGUUACAUUUGUACCCUUCAACCAUAGUACUGUCAUUGCCUUGUGUGUUAUUUGGAAUGUGUGCCAACUAUAAUCAUGUGAUAUUCUAUAAAUGUCUCAGUGGUGGAGAGAGGUACUUGACCAAUUAUUUCUACAUUCCUGCUGAUAUAUACAAUCCUUAAAAUACUGUUUAUAAAAAGACAGUUGUAAUAUGAAUAAAAGUGGUCUAUUUUGACCUCUCAGAUGGCAGCUGAACAGCUGAAGUGUCUUAGUACAGUUAUCAGAGCCAGAAAUUUUUCACUCACAAGUUUCGCCAAGUUUAAAAGGCUUCAGAUUAAGUAAAUCUAUAAUUGUUUGAUGUUGUGCAGCAUCAGAUGAUAACAUAUAUGGAUCAUAAAUGGAUCUUCCAUGUCACCACAGUGCUUUUCUGCUGAAAUAGUUCAUGUAUUCUAUUGACUCAGGGAGAGAUGUUCAAGCAUUUGUUAACCAGUCCUUUUCCUCCAGGUAAACUAAAGUAGUUUACGGAUAUUGCAUUAACAAAAAACUAUAUAUUAAAAACAUACACACCCAAAAAACUUGGAUUGAUGCUUAUAACCUUACUUAUCUUCUCUGUAAGAUUCAUAGGUUUAAUAACUGAAGUCUGGCUAGUGACCAAUGUAUGAUUACUAUACUAGUGCAAGAUAAACAAUUGAAAGGAUAAAAUCAGUGCUGUAGCUUCACAUGAAAGUCAAAUGUUACAAUUAUACUUUCAAAUAGGAAGGUGGUUAUGCAUAUCCAUGAUAUUCCAUUUGUAAUAAAGUAUUAAAAUAGCAAAUAAAUACCCUCAGAAAAAGACAUCCCAGUAAUUUCACAAUACAUUUAUUUUUACUUCCUGAAGCCCUGUUUAUACAUGCAUCUAGAAAGUGUGUAAAAUGCUCUCCCCCAUGAUUUUUCAUUUUAAUUGUUUUGCUGCAUCCUAUUGUUUCUAGGACAGCUGUUGUGUAAUGUCUAUGGAUAUAAGUUUACCAGUCCCUCAUUAUCCCCAGCAUCAUAGUUUGUAUUCAUUAUUUGUGAUUUCAUAGCUGUGGAUUUGCUGAUACCCAUCUGCGGAGGACAUAGACAAUAUCGUCUUGAGAGCUAAGAUUGAAAAUUAGGGCCAUGGAGAUUGGGAUCCUCAACAUGGCUGAUUCUGCAGGUACUUCUCAAAUGCUAGCACCACAAAAUGGCAAGGGGUAGGAUUGGGCAGGACUGGCUCUUUGCUUUCAGAAAUAGAGGCUGUUUGAUUUCUGUUUUCAAAGAAAUAGGAUGGUUCCUGUGUCUACAGGAGAAGUUGACAAACCAAGACACACAAGUCUGGCUAUGAUCAGGCUACAAGUACAUAGAUGUGUUAUGCCUGCCUCCAUUGAGCACAAUUCUUUGCCUAAUUGGUCAGCUAGCAAGAGUGAACCAAAGCUUUGGUUUUUUCUCCCCAGUCCCAUUCAAGUACUGUGGGAUUUUAUCUCCCAAGAAAUUUCAGCAAGUGGCAUGUUGGGGAUUUGGGGGAUACAUUCCUUUUGGGUCAGAUUCUUGAUGGUGCACACAUUUCCCUCCCAUCCCAAACUCACUGCACUACAGAUCAGAGAAACCUGCAGCUUCUAAACCCUCUUCAAGUGUGACUGUUCCGUUGUCUUUGCUGAGAAAGUGAAAAUCUUUUGUGUACGUUCAGCUCACUUGAGCUAUGCUUGUCCCUCCGGCCUUCCCCUGCUCACCCAGCAGCAGUUUGUUGCAUUCUUGGUUGGCAAAGCGUCUGGAAUGUUUCCUUUUUUUUUUUCAGAGGAAAAAAUGCAGCAGACAACAAGGAAGUGAUGGGCAAGGAAAAUUUUGGCUGGGGAAGCUUUGCAGUGGGUGAAUCCCCUAGUUGGCACUCAAAACUGCAGGAAAACCCCACUGUGAAGGCGGCGGGCUGCAGGGCAAGCACUACAUGCAUAAUAAGCCAAACUUUAGCAUGAAUAAAAAGGGACAAUUUUUCAAUGGCUACCUUAAAAAACAUCUAUAUGAAUCUUCAUGUUCAAUUAAGAUUUUAAUUGAAUUUUCAUUUUCAAACAAGAAGAAUUACCCUCAUAUUCCAUUUAAAACCCUACCAGAAUUGGAAAAGGGGGGGGGGGGUACUGUAAAUUCACUUCCCUAAAAUUAUCCUAGUUAUUCAAUAGUAAAGCAGUUCUGGCUUGUAUAUUUAAAAUAGUUUUAGGGUUACAGUUAAAUCAUUAGUCUAAACACAAGCUGUUCGUUCACUCUUGUACUCAUAAGACAGGAAGAACAAUAACAUUGGUAAUUCUGGAUCAAACCUUCAUUUGAAAUUAAAGUUUGAACAAUAGUAAGUUAUUUCAUUUGCUAUACCUCUCAAAUGGGCUUACAAUUUAGCAUUUGAUGCACUGAAAUGAUCUCAUACCACUAUUUCUUAUUUUCUCUACAGUACAGACUCCAAUCUCAGCACAAGCAGUAAUAUUAUGCUGCCAAAAUGUACACUCCAUAUGUUGUACGUGUUUGUGGAAAAACAGGAGAAUAUAUAUGUCAAUUUUUAUUUUGUUAUAUGUUAAAAGAAUCAUUGUGUUCAGAUAAUCAAUAUAAACAGGUUAUUUUACUUCUAUUUAAAAAUGUUAUGGGUUAAUUUUACUCACUAGGACAUAUUUCUGUACGUAUAGGUUUUAAACAUGAUGAAUUUUAUUUUAGGCUUGUAAUUUAUUUCAGCUGCUUCAUUUUGGAAGCUCUAUUCAUGAAUCAUCAGACUGAACAAGAAAGAAACAUUUAUGUAGAAGCAGGUAGAAAGUUUAUUAGGAUGUGAACUACUGAAAUGGCAAGUACUCACCAAAUGUCUGAGAAACUGUGUAGACUCUUCAGUGAUUAAGGAUAAUGUAUGUACUGAUGAGAGUUUUGUAUAAUAGCUUUACACAGUUCUCAAAGCAUUUCAAAUAAAUUAUGCUGAACUCUA